UUGGAUUUUGCCGCCUGUCUUUCCUCGAAUUGUGUGUUUUGGUCAAUGUAUGGCAAGUAUGGCGCGCGAUCCAAGCGGGUCUGGUUGAGGCUAUUGCGCUCUCGGUCAUGCCCCUCGCAUUAACUUUAGGGCAGAUUUUCUACGUGGCUAGCGUCAAGAAAAAGAGCGCGCACGAGAUGAAGGAGACAGCCAUGCUGAAUCCAUCUGAAAUACGG